CGUCAUCAGACCUAAACUAGCCCUACGUGCCUACCAUAGAUCACGGGGAAGGUCCAGGUUCACUUUACACAGUACUUGCAAGUUCCGAGUCACCAUCAACUAAAACCCUGAAGCAGCAUGUGCCAGCUUACCUUGGGUGCUUGGGUAUGACACUGUUCGAGGGAUGCUCUUGAAGUGAAAAGCGACCCCCACUCACCUCUUCAAGAUCUCUACUCCACAUUUUGAUGCCUGCCGGACAGGGAUAAUCCGACCUCCGCUCAAAUUUACUGCCAAGACUUCUUUCUAGCUUAUCGCAGUAGCUUAUCGCAACAUCCCAGCAGAAAAAAAGUCGGGGAAUUGGUGUCGCAAGAGAAGCAGCAUCUGCGGAGGAAGCUCGUUAUACACGUCUCCGAACAUCGCAAACAUGGAUUCCGGACCGGCGAAACGAAGAAAACUCGACCACAGCCAAGAUGGCGCUGGGAAAGCUCUCGAAGCAGCAGUCUCGACUGGCGGCGUGUCCAGAUCCAGAGCAUUCAUCCUAGAGGCCGAGGAGUUGUUGGAGGAAGUGCGCAUCGACUACAAGACUGCUUUUGAAGGUGCCGACCAAUUGCUUCACAAGAUCAAGAGUUCCAUCGAGACCAUCAAGUCUCAAGAACCUCUCCCAAUUCUCGAGGCUGCGACAAAAUUCGAAAAGAAAUCCAAGAUCAAGAUUCCCUUCCCCGAUCCGCAACCACCAAAGAACUCCAACUACAAGGUCGCAUUCGCCAAACCCUCUCAGUUCAAUGUCGUCGGCAGCUAUGUUUCCAAAACGAUGGUCAAGACGCAAAAGGAUCACAGCGUGGACAUGAUUGUGGUUCUGCCGCAGGAGAUUUUGCAAGAGAAGGAUUACCUCGACCUGCGAUACUUUUACAAGAGGGCAUAUUAUCUGGCUGUUAUUGCGAGUGCUCUGCAAAAGGAGUCUGGAAACGAGGCCGAGCUAUCCUACGAGUACCUCAACGGCAACCCAUUAACUCCCGUUCUCGCAAUUCAGCCAAAGUCACCAGAAGCGACAGAUGAGGGAUCGAAGGGACGUCUGCAGUACAGAAUACGGAUCAUCCCAUGCGCCCCAGAGGGCUUCUUUCCCAAGGGGAAGCUUCAUCUGGGCGCUUCCUUGGUCCGAAGAGGGAGAGACACCGAAUCGGAAACGCCAGCGCACCCUACCGCCUUUUACAACUCGACCGUGGUCGCCGAGGGGUCUUUCCUGUCGUACCUGAAACUUCUUCGCCAGACCGAAAAGAAGUGCGCCGCGUUCAAGAAGGCCUGUAUUUUGGGACGGACAUGGCUCCAGCAGAGAGGGUUCGGCGGUGAUAUCUCCAAGGGCGGGUUCGGUCACUUUGAGUGGUCGGUUUUGCUCGCUCUUCUACUUCAAGGAGGCCAAAGGAUGGGGCAUGCGGCGUUAUCGACAUCGCUCAGCGCCACCCAACUGUUCAAGGCUCAGGUUCAGUUCUUGUCAGUGAUGAACUUUUCAGAGAAGCCAUGCGUUCUUGGCGCUGAAAAUAUUGAUUUGGAGGAACAUAUCGAGUCUGGACCGAUUCUGUACGAUUAUUCUCGGGGACUGAAUGUUGCUUUCAAGAUGGGACAUUGGUCAGCCGCUUUGCUGCACCAACACGCCAAGUGGACCAGAAGCCUGUUGAGUGACAGCUCUGCCGACCAGUUCACGCCUACUUUCAUCCUCAGGGCCGACCUGCCUUCUCACACGUUUGACUUGUUUGCCCACCUCAACUACAGCGAUGUUUUGGACCAAGUUAUUGGAAACGAUUAUUCCGAGUCCCGUGGCAGAAUUUGGCAGCUCGGUAGCAAGGUUUACAGAGUGCUCAAGAGAGCGCUGGGCGACAAGGAACUGGGUGAAAGAGCGAGGGUUGUUCAUAUUCAGACUCCCGAGCAGCCAAAAUGGUCUCUUGCGGAAAAGCCCAAGGACCAGACAAGAGCCGCCCUGGAAGUUGGUGUACUGUUUGACCCCGUCAACAUGAGCCGCGUGGUGGACAAGGGGCCUUCUGCUGGCGCAACGGCCGAAGAGAAGGAGGAAUGCGACAGGUUCCGCAGGUUUUGGGGCGACAAGGCCGAGUUGCGUCGUUUUGAGCGGGACACGAUCCGUGAGACACUGGUCUGGAAGUCAACAACACCAUUCGAGAUCUGCGAGGAGAUCAUGCGGUACAUCCUCGCGCUCCACCUUCGUAUUGGUCAUCUCGAGGACGACAUCAGCUUCUACGGCAACGGCCUGGUUGCCCUCCUCUCCAUCAAACCCGCCGACACAACCUCGUACAAUGUAGCAAGAAAAGAGUUUAGCACCUUUGAACGCGACAUCCGCAACCUCGACGAGCUCCCCCUGCGCGUUCGUCAGAUCGCUCCUGUCUGCCCUGAACUUCGGCAUGCCUCUGUCAAACCUCCGGUGUUUGGCUCUCUCAAGUCCGGGCCUCGCCCAAUGGACUGCGUCAUUUCCUUUGAAGCCUCGGGUAAAUGGCCCGAAAGCAUCGCCGCUAUCCAGAGGACCAAGAUUGCUUUUCUACUCAUGAUCGGCAACCUCCUCGAAAACAGCAAACAAGGGGUGAAAACCCACGUCGGUCUCGAGGACGCCCACUUCGAAACCGAAAACCUCGCCUUCCUCGACGUGGUCUAUGAAUCCGGCCCAGCUUUCCGCCUUCGCAUCCACAGCGACCUGGAAGAGUCUCUUCUCGAACGACAAGUCAAGGACAAAACUCAGGAACAAUACCUCCGACAAAGAGCCACGACUCAACUGGCUGCCUUCAAGAGGUUAUACAACAACCUCCCACUCCACAACCAAACAAUCAACACCAGCAUCACCCGCUUCCCCGCCUUGGGCCCAACGAUAAGACUGGUGAAACACUGGUUCAACAGCCAUAAACUCUCCAUCCACUUCACAGCCGAGUUCAUCGAGCUCGUCACCCUGCACAUCUUCCUGUCGCCCUACCCCUGGGACGCACCCUCCUCUCCCUCCACCGGGUUCAAUCGCGUCUUGCUAUUUUUAUCCCGUUGGGACUGGCGCUCUGAACCACUGAUCAUCGACUCGGGGAAUGAACUGACCAACUCUGACCACUUUGCUAUUGUGACAAGGAUGGAAGCGUGGAGGAAGAUUGACCCGGGGAUGAACCACACUGUUCUCUUUGUUGCCACCACCCAGGAGCCGACCGGUAUCGCGUGGACAAGUCUGAACAAUGAGCCGAAGCCGACAAGGGUGGUGGCGACGAGGAUGACGGCUCUGGCGAAGGCGGCUUGUAGGGUUGUUAGGGAGGAGCAGUUGUUGCUCGACCCGAGGAGGCUGUUUGUCCCUUCGCUUAAGGAGUAUGACGUGCUUAUUCAUCUUGAUCCUAAAGCAUUGAAGAAUGCAAUGAGGACGUAUGAGAAUGUUGAUCCUGCUGCGGAGGUGGGGGAGGGGAGGGGGAGUAAGUUUAAGAAUUUGGAUGUUGUUACUGGGGAGGAUUUACUCCCUUUGGUGGCGCACCCGGCGGAGGUCUUGCUGGAGCAGUUUGUGAAGGUGUUUGGGGGCCCGUUGGUGUUUUUCUGGGGUGGGGAGGGGGAUAAUGUUGUGGGGGCGAUUUGGAAUCCGGGGAUGGAGAGGAGGGUGUUGAAGGGGGGGAUGUUGGCUAGUUAUAGGCCGGGAAGGCAGCAGCAGGAGGAGGGGGAUGGGGAGGACAAGGUGGAGGUGGAGAUGAAUAAGGAGGCGAUGGUGGGGGAGAUGGCGAGGUUGGGGGGAGAUUUGGUGGAGAGGAUUGAGAUGAGGUAG